UCUCAGAAGAGGAGGUGGCGCUUUCACCUGCUGGUCCGACUGCAGAGCCACAAACAGCAGCAGGUAACACAGACACGAGAGAGCAACAGCACAGAGGAGAGGAGAGAGAUUAGAGACGAGGAGGAAGAAGAAGAAGAGGAGGAGGAAGAAGAGGAGGAGGAGGAGGAAGAAGAGGAGGAGAAAGAAGAGGAGGAAGAGGAAGCAAUCAGCUCUGCUCGUCUGGAGCCCAGCACUCUGCCGUGGCCCGGAGACAAAGACAAGAGGCCUCAGACGGACAGCGAUGAAGAGCGAGACACGGGGAUCAGUGGAGGAAGCCAGGAGCUGUCGGAGGAGCAGAGCCGGGCGGAGAGCGACAGGAAGAGCAAGUGGAGGGAGAGCAUGCCUGAGGGCGAGCGGUGGAGGGACGGCGAGCUCGAGGUGCAGCGGAACAGUAAAGGGGACGGCUCACUGGCGGAUGACGAAGACGAAGACGACGAGGAGGAGGAAGGAGAUUCGAAUUGGAUGUCAGAGAAGAAAGCAGCUCCGGGUUUUACUCCUCGAGUCACGAUUGUGCGUCCGUCCAGCAAAGAGCUUCCCGAGGAGAGCAGGCUCUUCAUUGAGGACGACAAGAAGGAGGCGCAGAUGGAGCCCGAGGCCACGGGGACGUAUUACCCCGAGUGGACAGAACCGGACGACAAGUACUACCUGUGUGACAGCCUGUGUGGUGAGAGACUUAAGGUGGCUCUGGCGACGGUGGCCGCGGCGAUCCUUUUCCCUCUCCUGGUGUGGGGAGGUUACGCCCUCCUUCCCUUUGACUCGCCGCAGCUGGACAGCACCCCUCUUAGGGUGGUGUACACGCUACGCUGCUCCUUCUUCGCCAUCAUCCCCAUCCUGUUUGGUGUGGUGGUGCAGGGCGUGGCCCGGCUGCGUUACAGCGUCCUGAAGCCCCUCUAUCAGAGUAAACAGGUGAACAGAGAGGUGGCGGUGCACUGGCACUACGUCAACGAAUCUCUGGCCCUCUUCCUCUUCUUCUUCCUGCAGCUCACUGUCAUGGCAACCUACAUCAGCCAGGACCUGGUGAAGCUGGUGCCGCUGCUCACCAUCAUAUUUGUCUUCGGCAGGCUGAUCUACUGGCUCUGCCUCUCUCUGGGCGGCAGCAGCAUCAGGGCCCUCGGCUUCGGCCUCUCCUUCCUGCCCAUACUGGUGAUGCUGGGCGUCAACCUGUACUACGUCUGCUCAUCGCUCGGACAAGGGUCGGUUUUCGACGUGGCACCGCCCACAACAGCUCCUCCUCCCAGGCAGCGCUGGUGGGGUUAAAGGGGCCGACGUCCGUUAACGCGGUGAGGAGUUCGGAGACCAACAACUGCAAACACCUUUUAUUUUUAAUAUCACGACACAAGAACACUUUGUUUUUGAUGUCCUUUUUUAAAGUUGUAAUCCUUAAGACUUCAGCCCUGGUUGAUUUGGUGACCCCAGUGGUUACCACGGCAACAGCAAGUGUAGUGAGUACUACAGCAAACACUCCUUGAGCAGCAGAAAUACAACAGAAGUAUAACAUCUAAUAGCUUACUGUGGCUGCUGCUUCUUGUUCUGUUGCUCCCCAUGCAAAAAUGAAUAGUGAUCUACUAUAAAAACACAAAAUUGUUGUUGUUGUUUUGUAGCAGUCAAUGCUAACCGCGAUGACAAACACUGUGCGUGCCACAAUAAAAGCCAUGCAUGAUUCUCCAGGUUAACACUUUUAAUGUGAAGCAGCUGUAGGAAAUGUUUGCAUUAGCAGUAACUUAAGACAGCUCUCAUAACGGUGUAAAGAGAGAGAACAGUGAACAGCUCGGCUGUUAUCAGGGACAUAAAAUGUCACGUGAUUACAUGCGUCAUUUCCUGUGAAUCCCUCGUGCUUAUGAAGGCGGCGGACUCUGCCACUACCAAUGAAAACCACUAUAUAGAGAGGUGAAUCCAGCCUAAUGACUAUUGUAGAACAUAAAAAUAAUAUCAAAUGUUUGAUUUCAUGAAAAUCUCAAGGAUUACAACUUUUUGUUCUUGGUUUUUGUUCACUAAGAAAUCAAUGACAUGAACCAGGUUGUGGGUAAAUCUGUACCUUGAAUCUUCCUCUCUGUAUUAAAAAAAAAAUGCAGAAAUCCAACAAUAUUCACAUGGUAGUUCAGAAAAGAUGUGGAAAAAGUUUACACCAACAAAGCUCUUAUCUGCAUGCACAUUAAAACUCUAAAAAGAGCUCUACCUUAGACCACAUUUCGGUACGGUCUGUAUGUUUUUUUAAAUUUUACUGAUCAUCCAGUACUAAUCUUUAAACAGCCGGCACCUUCUGUCCGUCUUGAGCUGAUAAAAUCCAGUUUUGAGGCUUCAUCCAGUGUUUGGAUGUGAUGCAAAACUUCAGUUCUAAGGGUAUUAUUUUUAUAUGAAUUAUUAACAUUAAGUUGUUUUAUGAAUUUUCCUAUUUGUAUUGUGUUGUCACACAGUUUGUUACUAAUGGAGAUCUUAAAACUUUAUAUGUAUAACUGUUAAAUUAAUCUUUGUUUUAUUGAUCAAAAGCUUUUUCUUUAAUGUUUAUAGCAGCAUUAGUUGUUGGGCUAUUUAUGGAUAGUCUCUUGGCUUUAUUUUGAAGGAUCUUGUUUUCAGUGUAUUUAAAGUAAAUCUGCUAAAUAUUUGGGACUUUGAGUGAGUUCAAUAAAGCUUUAUAAACAAAUAUAA